AUGCAAUCAAGCUCUUAAAGAAAUCUUUUAUUAACUAGUCCUAUUAAGUAUUAGAAUUCCAUUAAAUAUAACUAAACUCCAGAUGAAACAGGAAAAUAGAAAUAAUACUUUAUUAAGGAUAAGGAAGCAAUGUUUGAAGAAAUUCAAUCUCUCAAAUAAAGCAAAAAUCAGUUGUUUAUCAAUAUUAAGAAACUUUAAGCUUAAGUUCAAUAUUACAAGAAAGAAGCUAUGUACAAAGAAGAUAGUAGUCCCCUUAAAAGUUCAUCCAGAUUCAAACAAUUAUAUUAAGAGAGAAUUGCUAAUCUAGAGGUUUUUAUAAAUAAAAUUCUAAGCAAGAAAAUUCUAAAUUGCAUCUACAAUUAGAAGAAAUAUAAACGUUUGUGAACUAACUCAAAAAUCCAUUAAGUUAAUCUAAUUUAGAACUAUUUUCAUUGUAGUUACAAAAUGAUAAUCAACAAUUAACUUAAUUAGUAUAAGAUAAAUAAAAUGAAAAUGAUGAACUGAAAGUAUUAUUAUUUAUUAUUCUAAGAAAGUAAACAAUAAAUUAACCAUCAAAUUUAAUGCUUCAUUAAUUCAACAAAAUAAACUCAAAGCACUUAAUAAUUAAUUAUUAUCAGAAAUUAAUGAUUUAAAGAAAAAACAACAUCUUUUUGAAAGUCGGAUUUCUUAAAAAGAAAUUCCUAGAGUAGAUGAAAAAAUUUUAAUUGAAUUAGAGUAAACGAAAUUAGAAAUUAGAAAAUUUUAGCAACAAUUAAAACAAUAAGAAUAAUUAUUUGCUAAUUAAUUAUAAUUAGAAUAAGAUAAGAUAGAGAAGUUAGAAAAAAGAAAUAAAGAACUUUAAAAAAAUAUUACAAUGUUAGAAAAUAUGUAUGAAUAAGAAAAAGUCAAUUAUUAAUAAUUAUAAUAAUCUUAAAAGUUUAUAAGAAGAACUGUUAUUCUGAAAUCUAUUUAACCAGAAGAGCCAGAAAAAUAUAUUGAAUAAGAAACUAAACUUAGAAGAUUAGGUUAAAUUGAAAAAAGUGAAGUUUUACCAAUUGCAAAGAAAAUUAGAUUAAAUUUAAUAGCCUAAUAAAUUUCUUUGAAAUAAGUGGAAGAAUAUCUUCUUACUAAUGAGACUUUAACUUUAUAAUAAUUAGAAGAGAAUUUAAGUCAUAAUGUUUUUGGAUUAAUGGAAGACGAAGAAAUUUCCUAAUUAGCUACAUAUUUGGCAGAUCUUGAAAAUGAUGAAAUUGAAACUUCAGCUUUAAGGGUUAAAAGUAUAUUUAAGAAUUUAAUGGAUAAUUAUACUAUAUUGAGUAACAACUAAUUAUAAGCAAUCAAUUAGAGUAUUUAAAAUAAACGAAGUUAAAUAAAUGAAUAUUUAACAAAGAAAUAUCCAUAAAUAUUUACAAGUGGAUAUAUUAAUAUUAAUGUAAGAUUAUAAAUAAUUAUAAAGUAAUAUUUGGAUACCUUAUAGAAUCUAGAAAUUUAAUUAAACAAAAAUGAAAUUGAUCAUUUAAUUGCUUUGAUUACUAAAUACAAUAGAUAACCAAGAGUAUUAUUAUAAUAAAUUCAUGCUCCUUUUUUUAUUUGUAAUGAGCCUAAUUCUGAUGAUGAUGAUUCAACAUUUAAUUAACCUGCACCGUAAUUACAUAAUCCUAUGUAAUUUUCAGAAGAUGAAGAAUAAUUGAGUGUUCUAGACAUAAAGAUGUGUAAUUCAUAAGAGUUAAGAAAAAAGAGUCAUACUGAACUACCUUAAUUUUGA